UGGUAGUGGUAGUAAGACCGAUCAAUAAAGAGACUAGUACAGGUGCAGGCAGGAGAAACAUGGCAGGCGUCUUACUUCGAAGUCUUCAGCAUUUGGAAACUUCAGCUAACGAACCUACUGCCAAAUGGACUGUUCCUUUAAGCGACGGGAAUCAUGUGGUGGAGUUUGAACAUGGAACGGCAACAGGCCGACGCAUGGUAAAAGUCGAUGGCAAUAACAUAGUUCACAGAGAAUGGAUGUUUCGUCUGGUCGGUGAUGAAGUAUUUAUGUUCAAUAACACCAAGUUCGUGAUCAGAGUCGAUCCAAUGCCAGGUCUGAAAUAUUCUUACUCGUUGUGGGUGAACGGAAAGAGCUAUAAGCAAUUUGUCCAAUCGCAAUCAAAAAUACUGGAGACUUGGUUGGCCAAAGUUGGGAACGAAGAAUAUAGAGUCGUGUUAGAUAAACACGCUCACAGCGUUUGGGUGAAUGGACAAGAAGUGGAAGUUGAGAGCGAAUUUAUGGACGGUGGUGCGGAAAUUCUCUUCUCCGUUGGCGGCUUACCGGCCGCUAUCAGAUCUUAUAGUUCGGAACAAAAAGAGAUUGGUAUAGCGUAUGCUUUAUAUAUCAAUGACGUUGAAAUACAGCAAGAAGGUUUGUUGGAAGAAUCUUGAUCAUCUUAACUUGUCUAAUUAGAUUUUACGUGUUUGAUACUAAUUGAUAUAAGUAUAUGCACAUCAUUGAUAAUAUAAUCAUAAAUUAUAUGCAUCAAUAAAUGACUACACAAGUGUGAAACACAAUAUUUUUAAAAUGUUAUUAUUGUUUAAAAUUAUAUUUAAUCACACUACUAUCAAAUGUGCCAUGUAACUUUGUGUACAUUUUUUAAACUAUGAGUGUAAAAUAAA